AUGUUGGGCGAUCUUUUCGAAAGUGUAUUGACCAAUAAUUCGGUCACACUCCUGAUCACGGUAGCAGUGGCAGCAAUUGCCCUACAUUUAUCUUCCCCAAAGUCGAACCUCCCACUAGUGAACGAUAAGAAGCCGUGGGAAUUCCGAUUCACAAAGGCGCGAAAACGCUUCCUGGCCAACGCACAUAAUCUUAUCAAAGCAGGGCUCGCAAAGGCACCGGCUUUCCGGAUUGUAACGGGGAAUGGGAAGAGGGUUGUUCUAGACGCGAAAUAUGCUAAUGAGCUCCGAAGUCACGAUGAUUUGAGCUUCGGCCUCCACAUCGCGGAUAAUUUCCACGCCCAUAUACGCGGGUUCCAGCCGUUCAAACAGGGUUCCAACGACGAUGAGAUCUAUCAAAAUGCCGUGCGGAUGAAACUGACUCAGAGUCUUGGGAAUCUCACACAGCCGCUCGUUGACGAAACACUAGUUGCACUUCAGACAUAUUGGACAAAUGAUACCAAUUGGCACGCCAUCCCUCUUAAGUCCAAUAUUCAGAAAGUCGUCGCCCAGUUGUCUUCAAGGAUCUUCUUGGGCGAUCAGAUAUGCCGCAACCCGAACUGGCUCCGCAUAGCAGUUGACUAUACAGUCGACGCCUUUAAGGCGGCUGAGGAGUUACGGCUGUGGCCGAAGGCCUUCCGAGCAAUCGUUGCCCUGUUCCUCCCAUCGUGUCGAAAGAUCCGAGCUGAAUUACAGGAAGCGCAAGACAUCAUCAGACCAGUACUCGACGCCAGACGUAAAGACAAACAGGCUGCGUUAUCGGCUGGAAAGGAACCGGAACGGUACAACGAUGCCAUGCAAUGGUUGGAAGAAUGCGCAAAGGGUCGCUCUUAUGAACCUGCGUUUGGACAGUUGACAUUCUCUGUUGCUGCCAUCCAUACAACCUCCGAUAUGCUGACUCAAGUACUCUAUGAUCUCUGUGGUCGUGAUGCAUUGAUUCAGGCUCUACGUGAAGAAGUGAUUACGGUAGUGCAGGAAGAAGGGUGGACGAAGCCAACUUUAUACAAGUUGAAGCUUAUGGAUAGUGUGCUAAAAGAAAGUCAGCGUCUUAAACCGAUUAGCGUGGUCUCUAUGCAGCGGGUUGCCACGGCCGACCUCAGGUUGUCCGAUGGUACUUUUAUCCCUAAAGGCACGUCCUUGGCCGUGUCCAGCGACCGCAUGUGGGACUCAGAAAUAUACCCUAACCCCCUUGAGUUUGAUGGCUACCGGUUCCUGAAGCUACGCGAACUUCCUGGACACGAGACCUCUGCGCAAGUUGUGUCUCCAUCACCGGAGCAUAUGGGCUUCGGGUUCGGCCGUCACGCUUGUUCGGGUCGGUUUUUCGCCAUCAACGAGGUCAAAAUUGCGCUGUGUCAUAUCUUGUUGAAGUACGAAUUCAAGUUGGCUGAUGGGUCUGUGCCCCGCGCAACGAAGUUUGGUUUCUCAUUCACAUCAGAUCCGACGACGAAACUCAUGAUUAGACGGCGACAAGAGGAAACCGUUCUGUGA